CCCCUCCUCUCUUCUCCAGACCAUUUCCGGAGACCUUCUCCCUUACCUCACCUCGCUCAUCAACUCAUCCCUGACCGCUGGCUACGUCCCUUCCUUCUUCAAGAGAGCGAGAGUUGCACCCCUUCUGAAAAAACCUACACUCGACCCCUCCGAUGUCAACAACUACAGACCAACCUAUCGGCUGCCUUCGAUACUGUGAACCAUCAGAUCCUCCUCUCCACCCUCUCCGAGUUGGGCAUCUCCGGCGCGGCCCACGCUUGGAUUGCGUCCUACCUGACAGGUCGCUCCUACCAGGUGGUGUGGCGAGAAUCUGUCUCCGCGCCACGCGCUCUCACCACUGGUGUCCCCCAGGGCUCUGUUCUAGGCCCUCUCCUAUUCUCGCUAUACACCAAGUCACUUGGCUCUGUCAUAACCUCACAUGGUCUCUCCUAUCAUUGCUAUGCAGACGACACACAAUUAAUCUUCUCCUUUCCCCCUUCUGAUGACCAGGUGGCGAAUCGCAUCUCUGCAUGUCUGGCAGACAUAUCAGUGUGGAUGACGGAUCACCACCUCAAGCUGAACCUCGGCAAGACGGAGCUGCUCUUCCUCCCGGGGAAGGACUGCCCGUUCCAUGAUCUCGCCAUCACGGUUGACAACUCCAUUGUGUCCUCCUCCCAGAGCGCUAAGAACCUUGGCGUGAUCCUGGACAACACCCUGUCGUUCUCAACCAACAUCAUGGCGGUGGCCCGUUCCUGUAGGUUCAUGCUCUACAACAUCCGCAGAGUACGACCCUGCCUCACACAGGAAGCGGCGCAGGUCCUUAUCCAGGCACUUGUCAUCUCCCGUCUGGAUUACUGCAACUCGCUGUUGGCUGGGCUCCCUGCCUGUGCCAUUAAACCCCUACAACUCAUCCAGAACGCCGCAGCCCGUCUGGUGUUCAACCUUCCCAAGUUCUCUCACGUCACCCCGCUCCUCCGCUCUCUCCACUGGCUUCCAGUUGAAGCUCGCAUCCGCUACAAGACCAUGGUGCUUGCCUACGGAGCUGUGAGGGGAACGGCACCGCAGUACCUCCAGGCUCUGAUCAGGCCCUACACCCAAACAAGGGCACUGCGUUCAUCCACCUCUGGCCUGCUCGCCUCCCUACCACUGAGGAAGUACAGUUCCCGCUCAGCCCAGUCAAAACUGUUCGCUGCUCUGGCCCCCAAUGGUGGAACAAACUCCCUCACGACGCCAGGACAGCAGAGUCAAUCACCACCUUCCGGAGACACCUGAAACCCCACCUCUUCAAGGAAUACCUAGGAUAGG